UCUGCAAUGUCAAAUGUAUCUGAGUCUUACACUAACAUGUCUAUUGAAGUGCAGUAUCAGGACCUACUGAGGGUAAUUAUUGUUUCCACUCUGUCAACAGUUCCAUCUUUUAUUUUUCUCUUCCUUAAUGGGACCAUGUUGUUCACACUGAGGAGUAAGCUGGUGUUUCGUGACACUCCCCGUUACAUUCUUCUGUAUAACCUCCUUUUUGCAGACACUGUGCAGCUGGCACAGAGUCAGGUUCUUUUCCUGCUCUCUAUUUUUAGAGUAAAAUUGCCGUAUCCUGUAUGUGUAUGUCUCAGCUUGUUGGCCAAUCUCACCACUGGGAUCUCCCCUCUCACCCUUUCGGUGAUGCCUCUGGAGAGAUAUGUAGCUGUGUGCUACCCACUGAGGUAUCCUGCCAUCAUCACCAUCAGAAACACAGGGGCUGCUAUCGUUGUGAUUUGGAUUAUCAGUUCACUAAAUAAUCUCACUCGACUCAUCUUUUUUUUCCCAUUUGAAGUGUUGAAAAACCUGCAGAUGAAAGACAGUUGUUCUAAAAUAGCUCUGUUACUCGGGACGAGGUCUGAUCAAUAUGACACC